AUGAAGAUCUGCGUGGCAACCAUUCUGUCAAUCGCCCUCCUUCUGGGAAACUCUGUUAAGCUCCAAGCUUCCGAUACUGGGCCGGUUCCCUCGGACGGUCCUGCGUCCCCAACGUGUCAAAUGUGCUGCCAAGGACCUGCUGCCACACCCGGAAUACCAGGUCUGCCUGGGCCGUACGGUCAGCCGGGGUCAAAGGGUGCUGUGGGUGAGCCAGGUCAAAAAGGGGAGAUUGGCCCGAUCGGACCUAUGGGUGAGCGGGGAGCAUUUGGCAAUCCUGGGCCUAAAGGCGACGAUGCGAUAGGCCUGACUGGCAAGAUAGGUCCGAGAGGUCCACCAGGUUCAGCUGGAGGAAUUGGGCAAACCGGUGUCAAAGGUCAAAAGGGUGAGCCAGGGGAGACACCAGGCGACUCCAACCAGCGGGUGGCAUUUACUGUGACGAGGACGAGCUCUACUGAUACCUCUUCGAGUCACAACACCCGUUUGCCUUUUCAGGAGACCAAGACACUUCUGCCAGGUACCAACUUUGAUCUAGAAACAGGUGCAUUCACUGGUAAUGUGCCGGGCACCUAUGUGUUUCAUUUUUCUGUGCUGAAAUAUUAUAAUACUGGCUCACUCUACAUUCAUUUGAGGAAAAAUAGCGACUAUGUUGUCACUGGCAAUAGCAAUGAUCCAAGUCAUUAUGAGCAGGUGUCUGGGAGCGCGGUGCUGGUUCUGCAGCAGGGAGACGUGGUGUAUCUCACGAUGCAUGGUAUGGCGUAUGGUGAUACACAAUUUCCCUACAACUCAUUUAGCGGCUUCCUCCUCUACCCCAAAUAAACAAAUAUCAACCAUAUAAUCACCCAUCGCUCAAACAUCUUUCCAAAAUAUUAUGAAUGAAUAUGUUAAAUUUUAUUUUUUUUUCAAGCUACACAAUGCUGUUUUUAUUUCGAAAAUGUAUUUAGAGCAUAUACACAGGCGUGGAUUUAUGACAAGAAAGAGUACUUAGUAAUAAGAAAUUUAAAAAGAUAAUCUCAAAACCUUAUAUUACAAAAUUGUUAGCAUGUUCAUCCAAUAAUUUAAGAAGUAGCAGAGUUGUCAUUGAAAAAAGGCCUUUACAUUAUAUUAAUCUUUUGUGAGAACAGGGCAAAAACAACAGUGGCUAUCAAGCAUAAAAUGACAUAUUUUCAACCAAGAAUGUUAUUAUAAUUAUACCAAUUAUUAACGAUGCAUUGUGCACUGUUAUUGUAACCAAAUAGCAUAUUGUUCAAAAACAUGAAGUUUACGAUACUGAAAUUGGUUCCCAGAAGUGUUGAUAAUUUUCUCAUGCAUAUCGUACUAUUUUAACUAGCACCUGAAAGGUGCAACACAAAGUCACCUUAUAAUUAUAAAAUGUAUCAAAUAUAUUUUGUUAGAUUUGUUUUCAUAUUAUACGCUAUGUUUUGACAAUCUAAUUCACAGGAAACUAAAGUACAAAGACGUUUUGACUGUUUAAUUUCGAUUGUGAUCGUCUGUC